GGUUAAAGAAUACCUUUUUUAAUUGCACUGUGUCUUCUAGACUGCAGACACACGCAGGUCGCACUUGUCGGAGAGGUGUUAAACUCCAGGGGUAACAGUCAUUUGGUUCCUUCAUUAGACCAUCACAUCACACUGAGAAUUGUCCUCACGCCAACUAGGGCAGGCUUUUUCCCUCAAAGGGGAAUCUAAUUAUUUGUCUUUCUAUUACACAUUAUCCGUCUAUUUGGCCUUAUUCACACCCAGGUGACAACGAGAGAGGUUCUUGUUUUAGCACUUGAGUUUCUUUGAACUCGUCGCCUAACCUGCGAGCUCAUAAACCCGCGGAGAUCCUCUUCAGUAUAUACAGCCAGCAGCACUCUGAGGAUCGACUAUUUUUUGGUCUGAGGUCGACUGCGGCUCCACAGAAUCCAGUAGUUCAGGACCUUUCGGAUAUGGAUUGUCUGAACGACAUGGAAGUCGUUUCUGCCAAAAUGCUCGCAGAAUGGGACUGGAAGAAAGAAGAGAGCGCGUUUGGAGAUCAACAGGACUCACUGGAGUCCAACUCGCUGGGGUCCUCCUUCGACUCCAUAUGCUCCUCUCCCGAGGUGUCCUCGACCUCCAGCGGACAUCAGGGCUACCAGGACCUGUCGUUCAGCUUCACAAGUCGGAGCAAGGAUCCAUGCGCGACGCAACGGCAGACCAAACACAAGAUGUCGACCAAAAGACGCAUGAAGGCCAGCGAGAGGGAGAAGAUGCGGAUGAGGAGCCUCGCAGAGGCUCUGCACGAACUCCGGGACUACCUUCCACCUGACUACAGCAAGAGCGGACAGCCUUUGACCAAAAUACAGACCCUAAAAUACACCAUUGAAUACAUCAAUCAAUUGGAAGACCUUCUGAACCAUGCGUAACUGCUGGACACAUGUGUUACGCAUUACCCUGUUCAAAUAGUUUUUAUUUUUCUCUUUAGAUAUUGCAACGUGAUAAUAAUUUAAAAUGUGUGUUUUAUAAUAUGUUCCCCUUGUACAUAUUUUAGUGUGCAGUAAUUAAAUUAUGUAUUUUGUCCUUAUUAGGCUAAUAAAUUUACCCAUUUGUUUUAAAUUGGGCGCUGAAAGCCAGGGUAGAACAGAUGAUUGUACCGAAGAUACUCUGAAGUGAGGAAAACAAUUAAAAAUGAAAUCUUUUAAAAUGUA